UGUCGAUUAUUUUGACACAAUUGGACUGGUAUAAUUUUCUAAGUGCUCUUCCAUUAUCGCUCAUAUAGUAAUGUUGUAAGAGUACCUGCGAAAGCAUCAUGAAAAUUCGACCUCUCCAACGACAACUGCAAGAAAAGGCGAUAAAGGAACUAAAUGAAGAUCCAAGACGAAUUGAACAAGCGUUGGAUCUUCUGAAGGAAUGGAUACGGAAACAACCGCAUUUAAAUAUCAGAAACGACGAUCAAAUGCUGUUAGCCUUCUUGCGAGGGUCUAAGUGGAACUUGCAAUUUACAAAAGAGAAAUUGGACGUUUUCUGCAGUAUAAAAACUCAAAUGCCCGAAUUGUAUGAAGAUAGGGAUCCUUUAUCUUCAGGAAUUCAGAAAGUACUUAAAAUCGGAGUUGUGUUUCCGAUGCCUAAGGCGGAAAACGACAUAGGUCCAACUACAAUUAUUAGCAAUAUGAAAAAUGUGGACGAGAAUGAAAUUACGUUUGUUGACAUGUUGAAGGUCUUCUUUAUGACUUUAGAGAUACUAAUGAGGGAGGAUGACGGUUUUGUUGUUUCUGGGAUGAAUUUUUUGGCUGACCACGAUGGAUGCCCGGUUAGUUAUUAUUUGCAGUUUACUCCUGGUAUAGUGAAGAAUGCUACUACAAGUUUUCAAAGUGCUUACCCCAUCAGGACGAAAAGCAUGACCAUUAUAAACACAUGGACUGUUUUUGAAACGUUGUAUAAUACGCUUAUGAAGCCAUUUUUGACCCCAAAACUUCGAGAGAGGUUCCAGGUUGUAAGCAAAGCACAAUCGAGUCAGUUUCUAAAAGAGAGUCCCCUAAAUUUACCAAGAGAGUACGGUGGAAUGAAUGAAUCAAUGACAAAUGCAGCGGAGGAAUGGAAAAAGAAGGUGGAGAGCUACAGGGAAUGGUUUCUGGAAGACGCUAUGUACGUUACGAAUGAAGCACUCAGACCAAAGGUGCUAGAGAAUGUCGAUGUAGUUGAUGGAUCAUUUCGUAGCCUUGUCAUCGACUAAUUUCUUUCAGAAUGUAAAGCACUGUAGUAUUGUUUAGCUGCAAUAAAUUUAUUGGUGAGAAGGUGAAUUUUCUGAACUACAG